AUGGCCAUGCUUCCGCUCGGCAGGUUCUUGGUCGGCAUGCCGUGCUGGCCGUUGCACAAGCAGUUUCGCCGCACCGUUUUCGUCGCCGCCGUCGCCCUCUUCUUCGUCGCCCUGCUUCAGCUUCGCUACCAUGGCAGUCCGCUUCGUAAAGCGCCGCCCGAGGUCAAGCCCUACCAUGUCAACACCAUUGAAGACGACAAUGAGCCGCGCACCAUGGUCACGUCCAGCGCCUUUCACCCCAUUGCAUUCCCGCCGGGCCACAACAAGACGCUCGAGGAGCUGUGCGCCAGCUUUCCCCGCCACCUGCUCGCCCGCAUCCAGCCUGUGCUCAAGACGGGCUUCAGCGACGAGCCGGGGCGCAUGUUGUCGCAGAUGGAGAGCUGCAGCGCCUGCUUCCAGCCUGGCGACCUGCUCGUCUUUUCCGACCUCGACGAUACGUACCGGGGUCACGAGAUCAUUGACAUUCUUGCGACACUGCCGAAAUCCUAUCACGAGUUUGAAUCAUUCAAGCCGUACUUUGAGCAGAAACGCUUACGCGACAGCGGAGAAGCCACCACCAACCCGGAUGCGCUCAAGGCAAUUGACGGCUGGAAGCUCGAUAAGUUCAAGUUUCUUCCUCAAGUGCAACAGGCGUGGCAGAUGAAGCCAAACCGGGAUUUUUAUGUGUUUUAUGAGACAGAUACUUAUGUGUUUUGGGAUCCUCUAUUACGCUUCCUCGACAUCAUCGAUCCGGAUACGCCUCUCUACCUAGGCUCUGCUUCCCCAGGCAGAGGAGACGAAUUCGGAAGGAUUACACUUUUUGCCAACGGCGGCCCGGGCUAUGUGCUGAGCCGCGCGGCGGUAAAACAUUUGCUGCAACGCAAAAUCGGUCCGACAGGCGCUUACCUCGAUCCCCCGUUUGCGGAAAAAUAUCGCUACCUCAUGCAUGAUGCGGAGUGCUGCGGUGACAGCGCCCUCGGAUUUGCCCUCUGGCAGAGCGAGAUCCAGAUGCAGGCCCUGUAUCCCAUGUUUGCUCAGCACCCGAUACAGCAUCUGCCAUUCGACGCCAUGCGCUGGUGCUCGCCGCUUUUCACCCUGCACAAGACCAGUUUCGACGACAUGCGAGCUCUGUUUCAGUGGGAGUUUACUUCCCGAUCCAACGAUUACGCCAUGCGACAUCGAGAUCUAUGGGAGUUUCAGAAGCCGGGCAGCGAAAUGCGGCGCAUAAACUGGCGCAACGACGACAGAUUCGGGCACAAGGUGGAAAACGUCAGCAUCGCCACUGGAGAAGAAUGUGAGGAGCACUGUCGGUCGGUCGGCGAAUGUUUCAUGUGGUCGUGGCGUGGAAACGCCCUCAAGGAGUGCUUCGUGAGCGAGAGCGUAAUGCUCUACGGACAAGAUGCCCAACCAGAGGAGAUUGAGCGCAAAAAGGAAACCGAUCCGGAGAAAACUGAACAAGAAGAAGGUGCACCCGAGGAGGUGGAGCGCGUUCCGGUCACGUACAUGUCUGGCUGGAUCGUGGACAAGGUGAAGGAGUGGAGAACAAAUCACGAUUGUAAUGACACGCUCUGGUUGUCGCACAGCUUUGGCCGCAUGUUUUAG